AUGACAUUUUCUGUUUGGAUCCCAUACGAGGAACAAUCCUUCGUCCAAUCAGCUGAUAUUAAGUUCAGACAGGCCAUUGCAUAUAAACCCCCAAACAUACUUCCAGCUAUUCCAGAGGCCAACACUCGAGAACACAUCCACCCCAGUAUCCAUGCCAGCCAGAACCUGCAACUGAUCUUUAUUCCUCAAGGGCACUCACGAAGGUCUACCAAGAUGACGACGGGAGUGGCAGCGGGACGGCCGGCAACUCAUUCUGUAUACAACUGCUACGUUGCAAGGCUCCCUUCAGAAGAACAGGAGGAAAAUCAACAAAUGGAUGAAACGACCAAUAAAUGA